UCAUAUUUGGACAUCUGCAACUGUUUCUUACGUAAUAUAUUAACAUUUACCAUGCCCACAGAUUACAAAAUUAUUUAAUUUUGAUCCACGGACUUCAAAGUAUUGGUACGAUUUCUCUCUUUCUAUACUGCUAAAGCUUAUUUACACACCCCUCCCCCUCACAUCCGGUUCGUCAAGACUCCCUCCAUCCAUAGCCUACUAGAUCUAAACGCUGGAGGAACUGUGAUUGCGUGGUGUUCCUGCUGUUUUGACUCUUUGUGCUUGAAAUAGACAAUUUUGCACUGUGUUUUCAACGUCCGUUAUUAGACGAAUUUACGUCAUAUUAGAUAACAUUUUGUUUGCAACAUUUUGGAAUGAUUGUGAUGUGUGUAGUACAAGUGUGACCAGUGAGUGCCUGCAGUCUUCAAUGUGACUCCGAGACCAGAUAGAUUCUAGACUGAGCCGCAGUGGGUGAGACUCCUGAGAAUGGUGCUCGUGACACUGGUGUGGUGAGGAAAUAGUCCGAGGACUCAGUUUAGUUUAGAAGAUUGUUGUUUUGGAGUCUAGCCUACGUUGCCAACGGGCUAGAAUAUAAAGUCUAUUGUUCCAGGUCUUAUUGACUUACUACUGGAACUGGAAUGAAUUGGAACCUUAGUUGGCCUUGGACUUCAGGGUUUGUUUUUAAAAAAAAACAAUUGGCCAAUUGGGGAAAAUUUAAUCCUGAUUAAACGGUAUUACUUUCAUUUAAAAGGACAUAUCUAGAGCCAAGACAUCAAGUCAAGACAAAGUUUGAAACAAAUUGUUAAACAUGUUGAAUGCGGAUAGAAAUAAGAGUAAGAGGGAGGAGACAACAUUUCCCUCAGGUUAUAGUCAUAUUGAUGGUAAUACUACUAUUAGUAAUAGUAAUAUGAAAGUCAAUAUGAAAAAGGAACUGCAUUCGUGUUGUGAACGUUCAUGUGCAGAUACCAAUAUAUAUGAAGAUGUAACACCUGGGCUUGAUGUUUUUCCUGUUGUGAAAACUGAACCUGGACCUGGUUCUUCUAGGUCUCGUUGUAGCAGUGAUAGCACUGAUAAAGUAAAUAAAAAUCAUGUUGCCCCUGACAUUGGAAGUAGAAGUGUGGAGACUGUGGUAAAAGAAGAGUCUGGUUCUAACUUGGUGCAAGUACCAUGCAAUAUAACUGAUGAUAUCGGACAGACGGUGGAAAACAAAUUUAUUGACAUUGUUGAGAUUAAAGAAGAGCCUUUGUUUUUGUUUCCUGAAGAAGAACGAGACCAAAAAACUAACGCGAUUCAGAAAAGGGCUGAUGUUGUUAAAGACGAACCACAAUUUGGACUUUUAUCUGAUCAAAAUGUGGAAGAGAAUGAUAAUGUGAAGCAGGAAGUGUUUGAACGGGAGUGUGGAUUAAUGUUGGAUCGUUCCAGUCAGGCUGGAGAAAUACAUCUGCAAAUUUCUGAUGUGCGGAGCUUGGUGCAGAGUUCAAACCCAGACAAUGGUGGUGUUGCAUCCAGCAGCUCAACAUCAGUUGUUUCUGCUGAUCCAGCACUUUUGAAAUGCGACAUCACAAAUUCAUGCUCUGCUGACUUCGGUUGCUGUGAUCAAGGUGGCGUUCCUUACGACAACAGUAUGCAAACUGCCUCAACACACCCGGCAACACAGCAUAAUGAGCAUUACCUUACGAAGCAGAGGCACGGAGUCCGUUCCAUCGGAACUUUUGAGACGGAUCAAAGAAAAGUUGACUGUGUCUCGGAAGAAACUUCUUCUUCGUUUAUCCAUGACCCGGAGAAUAGCUUUGAUCUCUAUCAUGAUGGUGAAGUGUAUGGUAAAGAAAUGUGCAGCAAAAAUGUAAAUUAUGAUAAUAAUUGCAGCCCAAAGCCGAAAGAUUGCUAUCCUACCAUAAGGAUGAUAUUGGCAUUAAAAGGGAAUGUCAAUAUGGACCGUUCUCAGGCUCAGACUUCUGGUGUUACUGCACAUCAAUUGCUCACGGCGACUCAUACUGGACAAGUAAAUAGUGUCGCCCCUCCUGUUGGGCUCAAGUUUGUGACUGGUAGAAGAACGAGUACAGGAGGGAAGCCUUUCAAAUGUGAAGUUGAUGGUUUAGGGCUUGCAAAUAGGGGCCAGCUAAAGGGUCACAGAAAAACACACACAGGAGAAAAGCUUUACAAGUGUGAAGUUUGUGGUUCAAUGUUUGCACAAAGUAGUGACCUAAAGAUUCACCAAAAAGCACACACUGGAGAAAAGCCUUACAAGUGUGAAGUUUGUGAUAGACAGUUUUCUCGAAAGGGCAAUUUAAAGAAUCAUGAAAAAACUCAUGCUCACAAAGAAAAAAAGCUUUGCAGCUGUGAAUUUUGCGGUAAACAGUUUGCACUAAAGGACUCUUUAAGGCGUCACUUAAAAACACACACAGAAGAAAAGCCUUACAGCUGUGAAGUUUGUCAUAAACAGUUUUUGAAAAAAAAAGAUUUAAGGUGUCACGAAAGAACACACACAGGGGAAAAGCCUUACAGCUGUGAAAUUUGUGAUAAACAGUUUGCACAAAAAGGCGCUUUAAGGCGCCACGAAAGAAGACAUACGGGAGAAAAACAUUACACAUGUGAUGUGUGUGGUUCACGCUUUGCAGAAAAUAGAGAGCUAAAGGUUCACAAAAGAAUACACACCGGAGAAAAACUUUUCAUGUGUGAAAUCUGUGGAGUUGGAUUCUCACAGUUUUGUAGUCUUCAGGCUCACAAAAGAAAGCACACUGGAGAAAAACCUUUCAAGUGUGAAAUCUGUGGAGGAAGUUUCUCACAGAAGGGCUAUCUACAGGCUCACCAAAGAAUACACAGUGGAGAAAAGCCUUACAAGUGUGAGAUCUGUGGCUUAGGAUUUACUCUUAAUGGUGACCUGAAGCGACACAGAAGAACACACACAGGAGAAAAGCCUUACAAGUGUGAAAUCUGUGGAAAGUGCUUCUCACAGGCGAGUAGUCUAAGGGUUCACAAAAAAGGACACUUCUUGCAGAUGGGUAGUGUAAGUCUAAAGAUUCACUCACAGGUUAGUAGUCUUCAGGCUCACAAAAAAAAGCGCACUGAAGAAACACCUUUCAAGUGUGAAAUCUGUGGAGGAAGUUUCUCACAGAAGGGCUAUCUAAAGGUUCACCAAAAAAUACACAGUGGAGAAAAGCCUUACAAGUGUGAGGUCUGUGGCUUAGGAUUUACACUUAAUGGUGGCCUGAAGCGACACAGAAGAACACACACAGGAGUAAAGCCUUACAAGUGUGAAAUCUGUGGAAAGUGGUUCUCACAGGCGAGUAGUCUAAGGGUUCACAAAAAAAAUCACCACUCGCAGAUGGGUUCCGACAGUGUAAGUCUAAAGAUUCACUAAAGAAAAGAACACACACAGGAAAAAGGCUUAACAAGUGUGAAGUUUGUGGUGCAACGUUUUCAAAGAUGAGCAACCUAAAGAGUCUUAAAAAACCCUCCACACACACACUUAGGAAAAAAUGCCUUACUACUGUGAAAUUUGUGGUUCAGGAUUUGCAUUUAGUAACAACCAGAAGAGACACACAAGAAUACAUUGAGGAGAAAAAUCCUUUCGUUUGAAAUGUCUGCGAUCGUGUAAGGUAUGCGAAAAGUGACAGUCUGUUUGAACAAAGACAGUCCCGUGCAGCAGAAAAUCUGUCUGGUUUCCAGUUUGAAAUUCAAGAUCUUUGAAAGGCACAGCACAUCACUCGUUUAUUAUAAGGCAACCUUACGAUUGGGAAGUUUAUGGGGCAAGGUUUGCAGAGGACAGUAGCUUUCAGGGUCACAAAAGAGUACAUUGGAGAAUAACUUUUCUUCACAAAUGUGAAACUUGUCAAGCAUUUUUUUAUUAGACUAUGGGCAAGCCGUGACAGAGAUGAGACAGCCAAAGAACAAGAUGACUGAUAAUAAAAUUUAAAAUUUCUGAAUGCAUGUAAGUUUUUUUCCCCCCCCCCCUUGUCAUAAUAUUGGGUUGGCCCUAAAAGGCAGGGUUGAAGCAAUUUGUCUAUCAGUUGAUCUAAGUUGUAAUGAUCAGGGCAUGAAAACAUAUUUUUUAACUAGAAGACGACGGUUUUGAACACCAUGUUCAGGAAGAAUUAACGAGCAGAGUACAGCAAAAUCUGAAAUUUCUAGAAGUAAAGAGUAUAAUAAGGAUAAAAAAUUAAUAACAGUAAUAAUAAUAAUGGUAAUAGAAAUGGUAAUAAUAAUAUAAUAACAGUUCAUCCAACAUAAACCGAUAAAAGCUGUUAACUUCCAAGUGGCAAGAAAAAUUAUAGACAUAGCUAGCUUGGUAGGGAGUGAGGGUCAUGUGUGGUUGAGGCCCGUUUGAUUUGGUAGAGGAAUACGUGUUUCAUUGCCAUUGAUUGAGAAGGUGGAAAUAAAACGCUGAAACUCGGUUAUAAUGAAGUCGUAAGCCCGACCACCAUGUUUGUCGAAUACGUUUAAGCGAUUGUUAAAGACUCAUUUGUUUAAUUCAUCGUUAUAGUGUGUUAGUAAGUGCUGAUAUGUUUUGCUUUUACUGCUGUCCUUAUGUGCUGAUCUAUAUAUAAUUAAUGUACUUGUAUUAGCGGGGA